AUGCGCUCUCGUUCUUUCCUCUUCGGCCUGGUUGGUCUGAUCAGUGCUGUUUCUGCUGCACCACAAGUGCCGCCACCUCCCCAGGCAAGACCACACCACCCUCCACCUCCACCACCACCCCCUCAUCACUCUGUAAAACCAUGGUCGACAUUUGACGAAAAUGUCAUCUACCAGCCCGAUGACAAGCACAGUGUUCUCUACCCGCGUCAGGUCGAGCUUUCGGACGGGAGUCUGUUGGCCACGGCCUCAUACUCAGGAGAUCAGCCUCCUUACUUCCCCAUAUUCCGGAGUGCCGAUGGUGGUGCGACUUGGUCAUGGUUCUCCAACCUGACUGACCAGGUGAAUGGGCUAGGAAUGUCCGCCCAGCCUGCUCUGGCGGAACUGCCUUUUGCCGUCGGCGAGUACCCUGCCGGCACAGUCCUCGCCAGUGGAAACAGCUGGGGAAGCGACAGCACCAACAUCGAUCUGUACGCGAGCAAGGACAAGGGUCGUACUUGGAAAUUUGUUAGUAAUGUGGCCCGAGGUAGCGGGCCCAACACCACAAAUGGCAACCCUUGCAUUUGGGAGCCAUUCUUCAACAACACGAUCGGAGUCUUUUACUCGGAUCAGCGUGAUCCACUCCACGGACAAAAGCUGGCCCAUCAAGAGUCAACUGAUCUCAAAUCCUGGGGUGCUGUCAUAAAUGACGUGGCCUAUCUCAACUACACGGCCCGUCCCGGUAUGACAACGAUCGCAUACAUGCCUCCGAUUCAAAGGUGGAUUCUGACAAUUGCCGACAGCCCUUUCGACUUCCGCUUUGCAUACGGGGUUCCUAUAAUGGUCAACGGAGUCCAACCGAGUUCCUCCCCUUAUGUGGUCUGGUCAUCCGUCGGAGGUCCGAAUGGCACCAUUAUCGUCAGCGACGCGGAUAACAGUGGUGUCUUCACCAACCGCGCGAGCGGACAACCUGAUCAGUGGGAAUUGCACGAAACGCCGCAACCGCCAGCUUACAGUCGCAGUCUUCAUAUUUUUUCCAAGAAUCCUGACCAUUUGAUGCUCCUGGGUGCUGGUGUGUUUGGAGGAACCACGAACCUGCCGCUGUAUUUGAGUGUCGUUAGUGUCUCGGAUACCUUGAGAAAGCCAAGUGGAAAGUAG